AGGUUUUCAACUCCGUCGUCUGUCGACUGGCUUUCGAUAAUGUCUGCAAUGGCCUUCAUAUCACCUCGUUCUUGGGUUGGCAAUAAGGACCGCGAGAGAUUUUGUCAUGAAAGGACCCGUCAGAAUAAUAGCAGGGAUCCACAUACCACGCUACUGCGAAGAUACUCUACAAUGAUGGAGACCAAGACCACGUUCAAGCGAGUUGAGAAGGCCGACUGCGGCGCUAUGGCGGCUUGCUGUAGCUUUCCGUCCUCAUCUUACGCCUCUUAUAGUGACAGAUGGUUGCGAGCAACAACUAGAGGCGACGCAUAUGCUUGUCGAUCGAUACUCAAUGUUACGACAUCACCCGAAAGUACGGGGACGAGUGGUCCGAGUACCAAAGCAUCGACUCAACCUUGUUCGAGCCCACAAGAUACCUCUGACGGUCGUCUGGGCUUCGAGCAUGACGACUCUGAAGAGGAGUACCCACGCGGUAUAUCAUCUCGAGACAUUCCGGACCGAACAGAUAUUGACUGCUUUUUGCCGUCUUUGUCGAGAGUCUUGGACCACCUUAUUGUGCUGGGAGAAGAGAGAGAGAAGAGCAUGGCGAACAGCAACAACAACAAACCUGUGCGAUCUCGGUUCCAUUCGGUCGCUGUUCCAAGUAUCUCAAUUUCCGAUUAUCUUAUACGAUUAUCGAAGUUCUUCCACUGCUCCGGCGAAUGCUUUGUGAUUGCUUUGGUGUAUUUGGAUCGUGCUGUGAAGGAAUCGUCUCAUUCGGAGGACACUGAUGUUGAUGUCACGGUCACUGGUCAAGAACAUACCACAAUUUUCAACAUCACACGCUUGAAUGUGCACAGAUUGUUUCUGACAGCUUUAACUUUGGCCGCUAAGUAUUACGACGACUGUUAUUACGCGAAUAAAAGAUACGCUGAAGUUGGAGGGGUGUGUACCAGAGAGCUUAACUCGUUGGAAGCCUCAUUUCUCGAAAUGAUCCAUUAUCGUUUGUACGUAGCACCGGAAGAGUACAUAGCGUACAAGAACGAAGUGGAGAAUGUGUCGAGGCCAUGCUUCACUGCUGAUGUGAAUCGAUUUUUGGGCGUUCCUGCUUCCCGUUACUUCUGUCGUUGUCUUUUGAUGCGAGCGGCUGAGUCUCGGAGGGUAACUGAUGCCCCGUCACAGUACUCGAACGAGGAGGCUAUGUUGAUCGAGAGCCUCAGGAAGCAGGUGCAAUUACUUUCCUUAGAGAACUCACUAUUGUUGAAGAAGGCGGAGGUCACCGUAGCUCCUCGGGUAGGGCCUGAGCAAAGCCAUCAGGCAGCGCAGUCAGUUGGAGUGUGUCGAGAGGCAGCAACUGAGGGCUUGGAGGCUUCGAAACGAGAGAUAAGUGAACUAAAGAAAGUUCUGGCUGAGGAACGAACAGGAAUGGCAGAGUUGAGGAAGAAACUUGACAAGCAGAAAAUUGAAAGUGAGAAAUCGGUGGCAGAGCUCAACUUAGAUGCCCAAAGCAGAAUAGAGAAGUUGGCUAAGGAAUUAGAGUGCACCAAAAAGCAACUGAAGAUGGCAGAUGAGGAAGCGGACACUAUCUGGGCUGAGAGGGUCCAUUCUGAGAGGCGCCUCAGGGAUAUCAUAGAGCAGGGAGACGGUGAAUUGCACAAGUUGAUGGCUGAGAUCUCAUCUUGUCGAGCGUUAUUGGAUGAACGUGAGAAGGCUCUGCAAUUAAUGGAGACUCGUGUAGCUGCCCGGGAUGUAGUCAGGCAUGAUGAAACGACACUUGAACGUCGAGCAAGAGAGCUCGAUGAAGAGUGUGAGAAUCUGAGGCGCAUCUGCGAUGUUGAAAGGGAGGGAAGAGUGGCGGCAGAAGAGAGGCUCGAAGCGGCGGAAAAGGAGUUGACCACCUUGCAUAAGGAGUGUGAGAAACUCCGAGGAGAGACCGAGCAGUUACCGACAGUAAAGGCGAAGCUCGCUGAGUGUAGGAAGGAGCUGGAACGGACUGUAGCGGAGAAGGCGGAGCAGAUGUCUCGAGGAGAUCGCGAGUGUUGCAAUAGACAAGCAGCUGAAAAAGAGUUGAAAAAGUUGAGGGAGGAAAUGGACGAGUUCCUCGUGAAAAUGCGGUCGGAGAAGGAAUGUUUCUAUCGCGCUCCUGUUUUGGGUGAUUACGGCAAGUGGAUGAUAUAUUCAAAGACGCAGAUGCAAGUCGAAACUCUAAAGCGAGAAGUGAAGGAGGCGAGAACGUUGCUGAUGGGAGAACAAGGAGAGGCAGCCAAGUCAAGGGAUGAGGUGUGUCGUCUGAGAGCUGAGCUGGACUUGAUGAAGACGUCGCAGUUGGAUAGGGUAGUGCAAGAGAAUGAUCGAUUGAAGCGACGGAAUGCCGAAGCACAGCAGCUUCUGGACACAGCACAUGAUGAAGCUCUGAAGUUUCGGAAGGAGGCUGGUGACGCUGAGUUGUUGAGGAAGGAGAAAUCCCUGGCAGUGGAGGAGCUAGAGCGGUUGAAGCAAACAUACAGCGAGGACAGGGAGCGGCAUGCAGAGGAGGUGGCGAAUUUCAAGACAACCGUUGAAACACAACGACUACGGUUGAAGCGCUUGGAAAGCUUACACAACGAGAUAGAGAAAAUUGACUUACGCGGUGGCCUCUCAGCAUUGCAAGCUCUUGCCAGGACGGUGAGUGGUGUACGGGAGGAUGGGCAAACUGAGUUUUGGCUCAUGUUGAUCGUGAGUGGUGAUGAUAGAGGGCCUCUGGUUCUUGCCAUGACAGAUCCCUUCGCUGCUGCACCAGAAGAUGAUUCUGUCGAAGGUGCCCAAGCCGUAGAGAACAGAGCUGGCACGUGUGAGGAGGCGCAGGAUGAAGAUAACGUGAAUGCUGAGCCUGUUCUGUACCGUGUCCUCGAUGAUGUUAUUGAAGAGGAAAUGCGAAGGGUUGGUGACGUACUGGACUGA